AUGACCUCUCCGGCGCCCGGCGCCCUUGGGCGUCUCGGUAGCAUGGCGCCGAGCGCCCUCCACGUCAGGCACCCCGAGGCCAUCUGCGGCAGGACGCACAAUGCAGCGGGCUUGGGCGGGCGCAGGCGAGGUUGCGCUGCAGGGGCCAACAGGAUAGUGGCCGUGGCCGACGUCUCCACCAGCGACUUCGAGGAUGUUGUGCUGAAGUCAGACAUCCCAGUUUUAGUGGACUUCGUGGCGCCAUGGUGUGGCCCAUGCAAGCUGGUUGCUCCAAUUGUGGAGUGGGCGGAGAAGGUACGGGAUCGCCAUGCACUUUCCCAGGUGCAUGUGAGUCACUCCCCGGAAACGGCUUUCUCGCGCACAGAUCAAUGGUUCCACAGCAGAAUUUGA